AUGGAGCUAGACACAGGAACAGCUCUAUCCAUUAUCUCAGAACAAGAUUACUUAUCAACGCUCCAAGAUAUAAAGCUACAUCCUUGCGACAAAACACUGAAAUCAUAUUCGGGACACACGAUGCGACCCAUUGAAGGAAUAACUACUGAUCACGUCACAAACUUUGAUCAGCUACUAAAACAACGCAAGAUUGUGUUCGCAGAGGGCAUAGGGAAACUUAAAGACAUUAAGGCCCACCUUACCCUUACGGACACCGCACAUCCUAAGUUCCUAAAGGCGCGAAGUGUACCGUAUGCAAUGUGUCCAAAGAUUGAGAAGGAGUUAGAUCGACUCCAAAACGAGGGAAUAAUAAGACCUGUGGCGCACAGUGAUUUGGCAACACCCAUUGUUCCAGCCCUGAAAAAGAAUGGUGACAUUCGCAUAUGUGGGGAUUACAGAGUCACUGUCAAUCCGGUAUUGAAGGUUGAUCAAUACCAGUUGCCUAAAAUCGAGGACAUCUUCGCAAACCUCUCUGGAGGAAGGAAGUUUUCCAAAAUCGACCUUACACAAGCAUUCCACCAGAUGGAGCUUGAUGAAGCAUCGAAACAACUUCUAGUGAUCAACACUCACAAAGGGUUGUAUAUGUACAACCGACUGGUAUUUGGAAUUGCUUCAGCCCCGGCUAUGUGGCAGCGAGCCAUAGAACAAGUUCUACAGGGCAUUCCACACACUCAGUGCAUCUUGAAUGACAUCAUCAUCACUGGAACUUCUGAUGAGGACCACAAGCGUACCUCAGUAAAGUGUUGUCACGCCUCGAUGAAUAUGGCUUACGUGUCAAUUUGGACAAAUGACAUUCUGGCUUCUGAACAAGUGUUGUGCCACUACAACCCAGACCUUCCAUUGAAAUUAGCCUGCGACGCGUUCCCAUAUGGCAUUGGCUGUGUGCUAUCUCACACAUUCUCAGAUGGAAGUGAAAGACCUAUCGCCUAUGCAUCCAGGGCUUUGAAGAAGGCGGAGCGUGGAUAUUCACAAAUAGACAAAGAAGCCCUGUCUAUUUACUGGGGAAUACAAAAAUUCAACACUUACCUAUUUGGAAAACAUUUCACGCUAAUAACCGACCACAAGCCGCUACUUAGUAUCUUCCACCCAUCUAAAGCCCUACCGGCAAUGACCGCAGCGCGGCUGCAACGAUAUGCUGUUUUUCUCUCCGGACAUUCAUACGACAUCAUUUACAAGAGUACGCACAAACACUGCAAUGCAGAUGCGCUGUCCAGAUUGCCACUGGACUCCACAGAAACGGAGGGUAUAUACGAAGUAGAUAUGUUCUACAGUACACACUUGAAACCAUACAUACAGAGAAAGGACGAACUUACACUGCACCAAGGAUGUAUCAUGUGGGGAAAUCGGGUAGUGAUUCCUGAAAGCCUACACUCCAGAUUAUUAGAAGAAAUACAUGCUGGACACCUUGGCAUCGUCCGAAUGAAGACAUAUGCGAGAUCAUAUGUUUGGUGGCCAAACAUUGACAGCGCCUUGGAGCAAACAUGCCGCUCAUGUGCAGGAUGCCUUUCCGUACAGAAUCAGCCUACCGCUGCACCAGUACAUCCAUGGGACUGGCCUGAAACUCCCUGGUAUCGCGUUCACGUGGACUAUGCUGGCCCCUUUAAGAAUGCUAUGUUUCUUAUUGUGGUCGAUGCUCAUAGCAAAUGGCUUGAAGUUUUCCAUAUGACAUCAACUACAGCAUUAGCAACUAUAAAAACGCUGCGCACCUUAUUUGCCCGUCAAAGCAUACCGAAUGAAGUAGUUUCCGACAAUGGCCCGCAAUUUAUCUCGGCAGAAUUUAAACAAUUCAUGGUCCAGAAUGGAAUAAGACACAUAACAUCUGCGCCGUACCAUCCCCGCACAAAUGGACAGGCUGAAAGAUUUGUGCAAUCUUUCAAACGCGCGAUCAAGAGUGCUGACAACGACAAAUCUGCUACAAUAAACCAAAAGUUAUGUGCUUUCCUCUUCAAGUACCGCACAACUCCUCACGCAACUACAAAUGAAACGCCGUCAGUAAAAAUGUAUGGACGAAACAUCCGCUCCCGCCUAGACCUUGUGAAACCAAACACUGCCAAUGUUGUUCAUAAGAAGCAACAUGAAGUGCCAAAACAUGUCGGAACUAACAUCUGUGAAUUCGAAAAUGGUCAACCUGUACUAGUCCGUGACUACAGGGAAGGUAGAAGAUGGACUAAAGGAAACGUCACUUCGAGGACUGGCCCACUGUCUUAUCAUGUCGAUGUAAAUGGUUCAACAUGGCACAGGCACGUUGACCAAAUGAAAGAUACCAUAUUACCGGGUGAUGUUCAAAGCGAACCGCCUCUACCUGUGUAUGUGCCCGACGUACCUUUACCGAGGGACAUUAUCGCGCCAGGGACACCGGUCAUUCCUGAGAAACCGACCAAGUCACCACUGACUGACAAACCAGUACCGUUGGUUACUAAUGACCCGAUACCGUUGCCGAAACCAGACAACACACCGCGUCGUUAUCCGCAACGAAUCCGCAAGCCAACCCAGAAACUGGACUUGUAA